AUGAAUUUCUUAAUUAUUUUUGUUUGCGUUUUUGUUUAUACUAAUGCAUCAAUAAGCCAAGGUUUAUUAGAUCAAGCCAAAUCGAAAAUUCAAGAAUAUGGUUUGCAAUGCGUUGAAACAGAAAAGCCAACUGAUGCUGACAUUGAAGCUUUCAUGAACAAACAACCACCAAAAACUCAUGCUGGAAAAUGCGUCAUGCGUUGUGUUUUUGAGAAAUUUGACAUUAUGCAUCCAGAUGGAACUUAUGGUGAAGGCAAUGUUGAAUGGUUGAAUAAAGUCAAAGCAGAAGAUGAGGAUAUUUAUAAUAAGAUACAAGAGGCUUAUGAAGUGUGCCAAGAACAAGUUAAAACUGAAGACCUUUGCGAAAGAGCCUUCGAUUUGGUAGAGUGUGGAAAAGAAGAAUCAAAAAAGAGGGAGUUGGAUGAAUACUUUUAA